CUAAAAAUCACAAAUCAAUCUCACAAAAUCACAACAAACCCUUGCUGGUUUUGCAGUCCUAUUACGGAAUCGAAAUUGCUCGAUUAUGGCGUUGAACAGCGGAUUGAGAUCCUGUGCUUCUAAGCUCAUGAACACCGCAAUUAUGCCCAAAUCAGUGAACCGGGGCAUUCACUCAACUAGCAUAAAGAAGAUGGGAGGAGGUCAUGGCCAUGACGAGCCAUUCUAUCUGCAUGCAAAGCACAUGUACAACUUGGACAGGAUGAAUCAUCAGGCGUUGAAAAUGAGCCUUGCUGUCUUCACUGCAUUCAGCAUUGGUGUUGCUGUCCCAGUUUAUGCAGUAGUCUUUCAGCAGAAGAAGACUUCCUCAGCGUAAUUUUUCUUGUUGAUUUCUGCUUUUGUGGCAAUAAUAAACUAUUUGAGCCUUGUGUAGGAGAUAAGCAAACGCCAGAGAUUUGCUUACUGAAAUGAAUUCAACAAUCUUUUUCAUUCACUUUCUUUAUGAUGUCUACUUGCUUUGACAUAUGAAAAUAUGUUGUACUAGCUCCAAGUUAUGGAUAAUAUUUCUUGGAUUUGCUCCAA